CAACCACGCCAUGUGGAGGUUGCGAUCGCAGCGCACACAUGUUCGCGUCGCCGGCGGCCAGCUAGCCAUGCCGCAUACGCCCACCGGACCGGACACGCAGGGCGCAUGUGUCUCCGCAGUCGCACCGCACGGGCCCCGCUCUCGCCAUCCGCCCUAGCGCACGCAUCUCGGCGCGUGCCCCCAACGGAGCCGUCCAUGACGUACCGCGCGCCGCCGCCUCCGCGCAUUAAAAACCAUCGAUCACUGACCGGCUCCCGAGGAGACUUGGCUUGUACUGCAUCGCAAACCGCAAUCGCACGCGGCACUUGCCCCCCGCGAUCAUAACCUCACCGCCCGCCACCAGCUGCAGCCACAAGCGCAGCGCUCGACAGCCUCACCAGCCGCCAUCACUCGCGGCAGUACCCGGCCGCUGGGACUGCAAGAGUGGGGAGUGAGACGCUGCUGCUGUUGCCGAGCGCGAGGAGACACUACUACUCACUCAAGAGUCAAGACUCAACAGCAGCAGGGGCGACCGAGCUCUGCGUGCGUGGGGAGAACCGGAGAAGGCAGCAGAGGAGGGAGGGAGGGAGCGCGUGGACCAGGCUAGGCGCAGCAGCAUGGGCGCCGGGAUCAGGGUCCUGGCGGCGCUCUUGGCGGCGCUCGCGGCAGCCACCGCCGGCGUGACGGCGCAGCUGCGGCAGGACUACUACGCGGCGGUGUGCCCGGACCUGGAGAGCAUCGUGCGCGCCGCGGUGUCCAAGAAGGUGCAGGCGCAGCCCGUCGCCGUGGGCGCCACCAUCCGCCUCUUCUUCCACGACUGCUUCGUCGAGGUGCGCGCUUCCUCUUCCUCUUCCUCGACGACUGCCUGUGUUUCUGACGGACCGGGGCGACUGGCGAUGCUUCAACUUCCCGCGUGCAUGCAGGGCUGCGACGCGUCGGUGAUCCUGGUGUCCACGGGGAACAACACGGCGGAGAAGGACCACCCGAGCAACCUCUCCCUGGCCGGCGACGGCUUCGACACCGUCAUCCAGGCCAAGGCGGCCGUGGACGCCGUGCCGGCGUGCGCCAACCAGGUGUCGUGCGCCGACAUCCUGGCGCUGGCCACCCGGGACGUCAUUGAGCUGGCUGGCGGGCCGUCGUACGCGGUGGAGCUGGGGAGGCUGGACGGGCUGGUGUCCAUGUCCACCAACGUCGACGGCAAGCUGCCGCCGCCGUCCUUCAACCUGGACCAGCUGACGAGCAUUUUCGCCCUCAACAACCUGUCGCAGGCCGACAUGAUUGCUUUAUCUGCGGCGCACACGGUGGGGUUCGCGCACUGCAGCACGUUCUCGGACCGGAUCCAGCCGCAGUCGGUGGACCCGACGAUGAACGCGACGUACGCGGAGGACCUGCAGGCGGCGUGCCCGGCGGGGGUGGACCCCAACAUCGCGCUGCAGCUGGACCCCGUGACGCCGCAGGCCUUCGACAACCAGUACUUCGCCAACCUGGUGGACGGCCGGGGGCUCUUCGCCUCCGACCAGGUGCUCUUCUCCGACGCGCGGUCGCAGCCCACCGUGGUGGCGUGGGCGCAGAACGCCACCGCCUUCGAGCAGGCCUUCGUCGACGCCAUCACCAGGCUCGGCCGCGUCGGCGUCAAGACCGACCCGUCGCUGGGGGACGUCCGCCGCGACUGCGCCUUCCUCAACUGAAAAAGGAUGAUAAGCGCUAGCUAGUAGGUGUAAGCAUCGGCUGGCACUCACCUGGAGGAAGAGGCCGGCUUUUGGUCAGUGGUGACAUCUGAUGGAUGUCCAAUCACGCAGGAUGCCAAAAGGCCCACGCCUACGCAUAUGAACGGUGAAAUAUAGCGAACUCUAAAUAGCAAACACUGCUGGAGGGCUCUUGGACGCUAAGAAACGCUACAUCUUCUCGCACCUUACUUUGUUGUUCUUACUUUAUAGUUUGAUUUGUGGAAUGGAAUAAGUUAAUUCAUCAAU